AUGGCGCGAUUCUGCGUCUUGUUUGCCCUUUGUACUUUGUUUGGUUUUGUGGUACCGCAAGCCUUUGGGAACUCGACGACAAACAAUUCUAGUGAGUCGGUGGUGACGGUUAAUUGGCUUGGUGAGAAACCGACAUACCAAUCUGGGACGACUUUUGGAAUUCCAUGGGCUCGUGGUAAACAUUUUCCGGAAACUACAAAGUUUACUAUCUCAGAUGGCUCGACUCUUCAGUCUUGGGUUACUGGGUACUGGCCAGAUGGUUCGGUAAAAUGGUCUGGACACGCUAUUGGAGAGACGGAGAGCAGUUUGGAUAGCUAUACCGUGAAAGCUACACCAAUUGCGAAUUCAUCUUCUCCGGGUUACUCGAAUUCGACUUCAUUGGUCAUUAUAGACUCGGCGGAGAAAGUCACGGUUAAUACUAGCAAGAUUCUUGCGUCAUUUCCCAAGACUGGAAGCUUCUUAAUCGAUUCCAUUCAGACGAAAACUGGCAAAAGUAUCGGAACAAAUGGCAAACUCGUGCUCCAAUCCCAAUCAGGUGUUCCGGCAGACUCCAGUAAUCGCGGAAACUCGUCUAUACAGUAUUUCAACUUUGAGAGCAAUAUUGAAGAAGUGACUGUUGGGGAAGACAGCUCAGCCAGAGCACUGGUUACAGUCAGGGGAAAGCAUCAAGUCAACAAUGGUGGAAGUCAUGAAAACUGGCUGCCCUUUGUUGUCCGUUUCUAUCUUUAUGCGAAUUCCGAAUCUAUCAAGCUUGUUCACAGCAUCGUCUUUGAUGGAGCGGCGGAGAAAGAUUUGAUCACAGGUAUAGGAAUUCGAUUCUCGGUUCCACUCGCUGGAGAGAAGCUAUAUAAUCGACACGUACGCAUUGCUGGUGUCGAUGGUGGUUUACUAAGCGAGUCCGUUCAAGGAAUUACGGGACUUCGAAGAGAUCCUGGAGCAGUAGUAAGAACUGGUCAAUUUGACGGUGUCGAAUUACCAGAUGAAGCUACCUGGGACGUGAGAGUUACCAGCAGAUUGAAGUGGAUCCCAACGUUUUGCGAUUACAUCUUAUCGCAAUUAACGCCUGACGGUUUCACACUCAAGAAACGAACCAAAGCAGGGCAGGGUUGGGUCAAGAUUCCGGGAGGCACUCGCGCUGGAGGACUUGCUUACCUUGGUGGUGCUACUCAAGGAGGCCUGGCAAUUGGUCUUCGUGAUUUUUGGAAACGCUACCCAAGUGGUUUGGAAAUCUCAAACGCUGCAACGGACGAAGGAGAAGUUAUUCUCUGGCUUUAUAGCCCAGAAGCUGAGCCUUUGGACCUUCGACCGUUCCAUGAUGGCCUAGGACAAGAAGGCUAUGUAGAUCAAUUGGAUGCUCUAGAAAUCACCUACGAGGACUGGGAAGGGGGAUUCAAUACUCCUUAUGGAAUUGCAAGAACAAGUGAGAUAUCGCUGUUUGUAUUUGAGAGCACGCCAUCACGGGAAACGCUCGCCAAUUUGUCAACUCACAUUGACAAUCCUCCAGUUCUUGUUGCCGAACCAAAGUACAUAAGAGAGUCCGAGGCAAUCGGAACAUACUGGGACUUGCCUGACACCAGCAGUGCCGCAUCAGCCGAGAUUGAGGGACACUUGGAGUUUCUGUUUAAGUACUACGAGAGUCAGAUUGAGCAACGAAAAUGGUACGGAUUCUUGGAUUACGGCGAUUUCAUGCAUACAUACGACACUGAUCGACAUACCUGGCGUUAUGAUAUUGGAGGUUACGCUUGGGAUAACUCUGAACUUUCGCCUGAUCUGUUUUUCUGGCUUUUUUUCCUUCGUACAGGUCGAGAGGACGUCUAUCGUUUUGCUGAGGCUUUGACGAGACAUACCGGUGAAGUUGAUGUCUAUCACAUUGGUCAAUGGUAAUUUCACAUCGUCUCUUUGACUAUGUAAACAACUAAUGUUCUGAUAGGAAGGGACUGGGUACUCGUCAUGGAGUCCAACACUUCGGAGACAGCGCAAAACAAGCCCGGAUCUCCCAACCGCAGUAUCGAAAAUAUUUCUACUACCUCUCCGGUGGCGAUGAACGAAUUGGAGAACUAAUGCAAGAACUCCUCGACACUGACAAAACUUAUGGAAUUCUCGACCCCAUCAGAAAAGUGCGUACUGAUGGAUGGACACCAACACCAAACUCCACAGUGACUUUCCAGUUAGGAACCGACUGGUCAUCCCUAGCAGGAGGGUGGCUAAUCGAAUGGGAGCGUCGUGGCUCUCGAUGGGAAGAAGCAAAAUCCAAACUCAACAGCACCAUGACCGGAAUCACGAACCUAAAGAACGGAUUUGUAACCGGAACAGGACUGUACGAUUUAUCAACCGGCUCACUUGGCCCUCCGCCAGCCGAUCCCCUGAACCUGGGAAAUGUAUCCGUAUCCCAUCUCUCCUCCGUCUUCGGCCUCCCAGAAGUAGUCUCCGAAGCAAUAAUCUACUUCGGCCCCGACAUCCCAAAAGGCUUCCAAGACGCAUGGCUAGACUACUGCUACUACUACCAAGCAGCCUCUCACGCCGAACAAAUCGCUCGAUACGGGGCUAGUUUCGGAAGUCUGAAUUUGUAUCAAGGACAUUCGAGACUUACUGCCUAUUACUCGCGUGAGAGGGGGAAUGCUACGGCUGCUAGAGAGGCGUGGAAGGAGUUCUUUACCACGGAUGGGUUUAAAGCGACAUCCCCGUGGAAUACGACGAGGGUUGGGGGCGCUGAUGCGCUUGUGGGGGUGGAUGAGUCGGCGUGGGUUUCUACUAAUGAUGUUGCGCAGUAUGGGUUGGCUGCUAUUCAGAAUUUGGCGUUGGCGAGGGAGGGGUUGGAUGCUUAUUUUUCGUAG